UCAUCAUAGCAUAGGAAUCAGUACUAUUCCUGUGUCCUUCCCUCUGAUUCCUGCACAGUGCGCGUGUGACACAUUUCCCACCAUUUUUCGAAGACGGCUACUGUGAUUCCUACGAUAUCAAUUGCAAGAGCUAUGGAGUACGGUGUGAAGGUGACACAUUGACGGCUUUAAAGUGGAUGGACUGGAUUUGGACCCAUGCAUGCCAUGUGACAGUCCUCCAUCCGUCACCUUACAGAUAGUGUUGAAGGGGACACCUUUCACUGUGGUUCUGAGGGGAAACACAACAACAGAGCUGUUGGGCUCCGCCACACUGACUGCAACUGUCUGGUACUAUGACUACUCCAUGAACCUGCAGGUGGAUUUCACAAGUGACAGUAUCAACCGGGAGAUCAUACUGGACCUACCCUCCUGUGAACCCUCAUCUGCUCCAACCACCACUGUCACUCUUUCACCUCCCCCAGCCACUACCUGUGAGGCCAUGGAGUCCAUCAGGACAGAAGUAGCUCAGAACUACUUGGUCAGGUGCUAUUUCCCCCAGGAAGACUGCUGGGACCCUCACCUGUGAAGAUAUGAACCUCACCUUAAGCCUUCUCCCCU